AUGAAAAGAUAUCGGACGAGGAUAAAAACAAACGCGUACCACUGCCUGAGUUGCGGCGCGAAGACCUCCGCGUUCCUGUUCUGGGCCACGCUCUACAUAGUCGUGAUGAAAAUGACAAUAUUCAAGAGCAGUGGCGGCAAUCAAACGAAGGACUGGUCCGCUGUACCUGACAAUUACACUAAGUGGCUGUUACAGGGCCCAGUUUUAGGCGAAGACCCCGAGGAAUACGUGAUCAAUGACAAUCUAUUGGAACCGGACAACGUUACUCUCACAGAAAUAGAAAAGCGCGCCGCUAGAGUUCAGGAAGUUUGCCGCCUCAGAUCUCUGGGGUCGCAGGCGAUCAACAACAAGGAAUUUUUUGUGGACCACGCACACAAUCUGGUGUGGUGCAACAUUUUCAAAGCGGCCAGUUCUUCGUGGUUAUACAAAUUCAAUAUUUUAGGCGGUUACGAUAAGAAGUUCCUAUCUCGUACUCGAUACACGCCUUUAACUUUGGCGAGACGGGUGUUCCCUCGGCCGAGUGAAGAAGAGCUGAGAGACGCGAUUACCACCCCAGGCGUGAUUUCCCUUCUGAUCGUGCGGGAGCCGUUUGUGAGGUUGCUGUCUGCCUAUCGCGAUAAACUCGAAUACGUGUCGCCGCCAUUCUACCGGAAACUGGCCAAAACUAUCGUGACGGAACAUAGGGAACAGGCUACUAAAAUCCUGGGACCUAUUAAGAGCGAUGGACCGACGUUUCACGAGUUCGUGGCGUACUUAAUAGCGCAGCAUAGGUCGCUAGGCCCGAACAUGGUUUACGACGAGCACUGGGCGCCGUAUUAUCAGUUUUGCUCUCCGUGCGCCGUCAACUUCAGCGUUAUCGCUAAGGUGGAGACUCUGUCCAGGGACUCGGCCUACGUGGUGCAUCAACUGGGACUAGGGCACGUUCUGCAGAAAAGGGUGAGGGAUCGCAGAACUAGACUCCGCACGGUCAUGAACAAAUCCCGUGACGGAAAGAACACUUCGGCGCUCCUGAAACAUUACUUUGGCCAACUCGAUAAACGCAUGCUCAAUGAUUUGUUACGCAUAUACGGUAUAGAUUUCGAAAUGUUCGGAUAUGAAGCGAAAAUUUAUGAUCGUUAUGUAAGGAAAUUG